AUGACUGUGCCAAAUGACCACGAGAAGACCGGGUCCGUUUUCCCCCCCGUCGAAGAAGAAUCGCUGAUUCGACCCACCGAGCAAGAACUGCAUGAUCUCGUUCAUGUCGCGGAUAACGUUCCCUACCAGGUGUGGCUGGUGAUUCUCAUCGGAUCCGCCGAGCGGUUUGUCUUCUACGGCGCGUCGACCUGUCUCCAGAACUACCUGCAGAACCGCCCGCACGAUCUGGUUCCGGGGGUCUUGGGACUGGGACAGGCAGAUGCGACCGCGGUGAACUAUGCGUUUAUGGUGUUGGUUAACACGGCGCCCGUGCCUCUGGCUGUGGUGGCGGACGGCUGGCUGGGACGCUACAAGCUGAUCUUGCUGAGCACGAUGAUCUACCUGGUGGGCUCGUGCAUUCUCUUUGCGACGUCGCUCCCUGCGGCCAUCCAGGCGGGUGCUUCCGCAGCUGGUCUCGGGGUGUCCCUCGUGCUGAUCGCGCUGGGCAUCGGGGGCGUCAAGGCGUCUAUCUAUCCGUUCAUUGCGGAUCAAUACCCUCACCAUGAGCCGUUUGUGCGAGAAUUGCCGUCCGGGGAACGCGUGGUCGUGGAGCGAUCCCUGACCAUCCAGUACAUGUACAACUGGUACUUCUGGUUCAUCAACGUUGCGUCGCUGUCCGGGAUCGCCACCACGUUCAUGGAGAAGUACUCGAGCUUCUGGUCGGCCUUUCUGCUUUGCUUCUGCUUUUUGUGGGUGGGAUUGAUCCUCAUGCUGGUCUUCAAGAAUCAGUUCUCUAGGACUCCUCCGUCCGGGUCUGUCAUGCCCAAAGUCCUGCGGGCGAUAUGGCUGGGGGUCCGCAGUGGCAUGUCGCUCACGGCCGCCAGUCCGCAGGUGCAGGAGGAGAAGUACGGACGACAAGUGCCCUGGGAUGACGAGUUCAUCUCGGGCAUCCGCGAUGCCCUGGUGGCCUGUCAGAUCUGUCUCGCCUUCCCGAUCGUCUGGCUCUGCUGGGGCCAAACCUACAACAACCUCAUCUCGCAGGCCGGCCAGAUGGAAACAUACGGCAUCCCCAACGACGUGAUGCCCAACGUGAACCCGAUCGCCUGCAUCAUCGCGGGCCCCAUCAUCCAGCAGUGGCUCUUCCCCUUCCUCAACCGCCGGAAGAUCCCCUUCCGCCCCAUCGCCCGCAUCUCCGUGGGCUUCCUGCUCAUGGGCGCCUCGCUCGCCUGGGCUGCGGGCCUGCAGGCCUUCAUCUACCGCGCCGGACCCUGCUACGAUCGUCCCCUGGACUGCCCGGCCGCGCGCCGCGCCGAUGGGUCGGUGAUCCCGCAACACAUCAACGUCUUCCUCCAGGUCCCCUGCUACGCGCUCAUGGCCGUGGGCGAGAUCUUCUGCGUCACCACGGGGUCGGAGUUUUGCUACUCGCGCGCGCCCAAGAGUAUGAAGUCCAUUGUGCAGGCGCUGUUCGUGGGGGCUGCGUCCAUCAGCUAUGCGCUGGGGAUUGCGAUCUCGCCCGCGGCCAAGGAUCCGAACAUGACGAUCUUCUAUGCGUGUUUGACCGGCGUGCAGAUCUUGAUCACCGUGGGCUUUUGGUUCAAGUUUAGGAAGUUGGAUCGGGCGAUUAUCGUCUGA